UUAGAUGUCAACCAAAUCAGACGACGCUCAGCUGGAAUUCCAUUGGGACCAAAAAGAUAUAAAAAAGAGAUGGGAAGCAUUCAUGAAGUUUGGCGCUUCCACUGCUACGGAAAUGACUGGCAAAAACUUUGACAAAUGGCUGAAAGAUGCUGGUGUGCUCGAUUCGAAAAACAUUACUACAACUAUGACCGGAAUCGCUUUCAGUAAAGUUGCCGGACCAAAAAAGAAGACGAAUUUUGAAGAAACGAAGAAGGUUAUCAUUGGAGUUGCAGAAGAUCGAGCUCGACAAAGCAAAAGGACCGUACAGGAAGAACUCGACGCAAUCACUGAGAAACUCGCACAGCUUGAAGCACCAACGUUGAACACCGCUGCCAAAGCUGAUGCGAACGGUGUCUACUCUCGACUAACGGAUCAUACCAAAUACACUGGAGCUCAUAAGGAACGAUUCGAUGCUGAGGGUAAAGGACGUGGUAAAGCCGGACGUGUCGAUGAAGUGGAAAAGACCGGAUAUGUAGCAGCGUACAAGAACAAGGACACGUACGAUAAAGUGCACAAGAAUUGAUCUCUGCAAAUCUCUCACAUAUUCGAAUGUUUGUCGUCCCAUUUGUGUUCCCAUGUGUACAGUGCGUUUCAUAAUUAUGUCAUCUAUUCUAUAACUUCGCUAAGUGAAGCGUUAAAAAGUAUGAACCAAUUGAUGUAUUCUUGAUAAAUCAAACGGAGUUUCUUUGAAAAUUCUACAGAAUCAGAGGUUUAGGAGAAAGGUCAUAAUUCAUCUUCGCGAAGCGGAUUCAAAACGAUGUCAAGUAUCUGUUUGAAAUCAUUGAGUACACUCACUCAUGAUACGCUCCUCACACUCACGGUAAUUAAUUUCCUUGCACGAUGUGUUCUCGUCAGUUACUCACUGGCUUAGGCACAUAAAAUGAACC